AUGAUUCUCUGCUUGAGCUCUUCUUUUGGCUUCCCUAUCUUACUCCUGUACCAUUGGAUGGGGACAACUUUGUCUUUGAAUCUGGAAGAUCCCAAUGUGUGUAGCCACUGGGAAAGUUACUCAGUUACAGUGCAAGAGUCAUAUCCGCAUCCUUUUGAUCAAAUUUACUACACCAGCUGUACUGACAUCCUAAACUGGUUUAAGUGCACACGACACAGGAUCAGUUACCGUACUGCCUACAGACAUGGUGAAAAAACAAUGUACAGGCGUAAAUCCCAAUGCUGCCCUGGAUUUUAUGAAAGCAGGGAAAUGUGUGUCCCUCAUUGUGCUGAUAAAUGUGUCCAUGGUCGUUGUAUUGCUCCGAACACCUGUCAGUGUGAGCCUGGCUGGGGAGGACCCAACUGCUCCAGUGCAUGUGACAGUGACCACUGGGGACCUCACUGCAGCAGCCGCUGCCAGUGCAAGAAUGGAGCAUUGUGCAACCCCAUCACUGGAGCCUGCCACUGUGCAUCAGGUUUCAAAGGCUGGCGCUGUGAGGAGCGCUGCGAUCAAGGAACAUAUGGAAAUGACUGCCAUCAAAGAUGCCAGUGUCAAAAUGGAGCCACCUGUGACCACGUGACUGGAGAGUGCAGAUGUCCUCCUGGAUACACUGGUGCUUUCUGCGAGGACCUCUGUCCCCCCGGGAAGCAUGGGCCCCAGUGCGAGGAGAGGUGCCCCUGCCAGAAUGGAGGCAUCUGUCACCACGUCACCGGGGAGUGUGCCUGCCCACCAGGAUGGACGGGCAUGGUCUGUGGUCAGCCUUGUCCUGAGGGUCGUUACGGGAAAAACUGUUCCCAGGAGUGCCAGUGCCACAACGGAGGGACCUGUGACUCAGCCACAGGUCAAUGCCAUUGCAGCCCAGGUUACACAGGGGAACGAUGCCAAGAUGAGUGUCCAGUGGGGACUUACGGAGUGCAGUGCGCUGAGAGCUGCAAGUGUAUGAAUGGUGGGAAAUGUUACCAUAUUAGCGGUGCCUGUAUCUGUGAACCAGGAUACACUGGAGAGCACUGUGAAACAAGGCUUUGCUCUGAAGGAAUAUAUGGUCUCAAGUGUGAUAAAAAGUGUCCCUGCCAUAUGUCUAAUACCUGGAGCUGUCACCCAAUGUCUGGGGAAUGCUCCUGCAAGCCCGGUUGGUCUGGGCUCUACUGCAAUGAGACAUGCUCUCCAGGAUUCUAUGGCGAGUCAUGUCAGCAGAUCUGCAGCUGCCAAAAUGGUGCUGACUGCGAUAGUGUGACUGGAAAAUGCACCUGUGCCCCUGGAUUUAAGGGUGCUACUUGUGGUACUCCUUGUCUUCCGGGAACAUAUGGAGUAAAUUGUUCAUCUGUAUGUAACUGCAAAAACGAUGCUGUCUGUUCACCAGUAGAUGGUUCUUGUGCCUGCAAAGCAGGUUGGCAUGGUGUAGAUUGCUCAAUAAAUUGUCCCAGUGGUACCUGGGGACUUGGCUGUAACUUAACUUGCCAGUGUCUUAAUGGGGGAGCUUGCAAUGCUCUGGAUGGAACCUGUACCUGUGCCCCGGGCUGGAGAGGAGAAAAAUGUGAACUCCCUUGCCAGGAUGGCACAUAUGGCCUGGACUGUGCUGAACGCUGUGACUGCAGCCAUGCUGAUGGUUGUCAUCCCACCACAGGAUACUGUCGCUGUCUACCGGGAUGGUCAGGCAUUCACUGUGACAGUGUGUGUGCUGAGGGACAGUGGGGUCCAAAUUGCUCAUUGUCUUGUUACUGCAAAAAUGGAGCGUCCUGCUCUCCAGAUGACGGAAUCUGUGAGUGUGCACCAGGAUACAGAGGCACCACUUGUCAGAGAAUUUGCUCUCCUGGGUUUUAUGGACACCGCUGCAGCCAGACAUGCCCACAAUGCGUACACAGCAGUGGUCCCUGCCACCACAUUACUGGCUUAUGUGACUGCUUACCUGGAUUUACAGGAGCCCUCUGUAAUGAAGUAUGUCCCAGUGGCAGAUUUGGCAAGAACUGCAUUGGCAUAUGCACCUGUACCAAUAAUGGAACGUGUAAUCCUAUUGAUAGAUCCUGUCAGUGUUACCCUGGCUGGAUUGGUAGUGACUGCUCUCAGCCUUGCCCACCUUCCCACUGGGGACCAAACUGCAUCCACACCUGCAACUGCCAUAAUGGAGCUUACUGCAGUGCCUAUGAUGGGGAGUGCAAAUGUACCCCAGGAUGGACUGGCCUUUACUGUACACAAAGAUGUCCCCUAGGGUUUUAUGGGAAGGACUGUGCACUGAUAUGCCAAUGUCAGAAUGGAGCCGACUGUGACCACAUCAGUGGGCAGUGCACCUGCCGCACAGGGUUCAUGGGGAAACAUUGUGAGCAGAAAUGCCCUCAAGGCACAUAUGGGUAUGGAUGCCGGCAGAUAUGUGACUGUCUGAACAACUCAACUUGUGAUCACAUCACAGGAACAUGUUACUGCAGCCCAGGCUGGAAAGGGGCCAGGUGUGAUCAAGCUGGUGUAAUUAUAGUGGGAAACUUGAACAGUUUAAGCCGUACCAGUACUGCCAUCCCUGCUGAUUCUUACCAGAUAGGGGCUAUAGCAGGCAUCAUUAUUCUUGUAUUGGUUGUGCUUUUCCUGCUAGUGCUGUUCAUAAUUUACAGACAAAAGCAGAAAGGAAAAGAAACAAAUAUGCCUGCAGUGACUUAUACCCCUGCUAUGAGGGUCAUCAAUGCUGAUUACACCAUUUCAGAAACCAUUCCUCAUGGUAGUGGUGGAAAUGCAAACAGCCACUAUUUCUCUAAUCCUAGUUAUCAUACUCUAACUCAGUGCACUACCCCACUUCAUGUCAACAACAUAGACAGGCUGACCAUGGCAAAGGCAAAAACCAGCCAGCUGUUUGUGAACCUUAAAAAUGUGGAACCUGGAAAACGAGGCAACAUCAUGGACUACACAGGGACACUGCCUGCAGACUGGAAACAUGGUGGCUACCUCAAUGAGCUUGGUGCUUUUGGACUUGAUAGGGGAUAUUUGGGAAAGUCCCUGAAAGAUCUAGUGAAGAACUCAGAAUACAAUUUAAGUAGUUGCUCUUUAAGUAGUUCUGAGAACCCAUAUGCUACCAUAAAAGACCCACCGGCUCUUGUACCAAAAAGUUCAGAAUGUGGAUAUGUUGAAAUGAAGUCACCAGCACGCAGAGACUCCCCAUAUGCUGAGAUUGCUGGCUCUGCUUCAGCCAACAAGAACAUUUACGAAGUUGAACCUACGGUGAGUGUUGUCCAGGGAGCAUUCAGCAGCAGUGGACGUUUCAGCCAGGAUCCUUAUGAUCUUCCAAAAAACAGCCAUAUUCCAUGUCAUUAUGACUUGCUACCAGUUCGAGAUAGCCCCAAAUCCUCUGCAAAAGGGGUCAGCAGUGAAUGACCCCAAAAGCUGAUGUGUAGCACAGUGGGACUCUGAAGGGGCAAAGUGGCAUGAUUGUGCUCCUUCCUCAAGUUUUACCAUCAUACUUGGCUCCUAAUCUGUCCAGCAGACAACUGCUGUACAUUAAACAGAAUCUCAGCAUGAGGUUUGUAUUGUGUAUACAAGUGACAGAUGGACAAAUGCCACAC